GGAGAAGAUGGAUCUCUUCUAAAAAAAAAAAGUAAGAAGAAAAAGAAAGGUAAAGAUGCAAAUGCAAUUCACAAAUCGAGUGAAGAAUCAGAUGGACCUAUAUUAGAUUGUGAAUCAAAAGUUAUAAAUAAUUCUUUAAAUACUAAUCAAAUGGACCCGGUCUGCAAAGCUGUUGACCUUUUAAAAAUCAGCCAUGCUACACCCAAAAGUAUCGAUGAGGCAAAAAAGAAACACUAUCAAUUUUGGGAUACGCAGCCGGUCCCAAAGUUUGAUGAAAAAAUUGAAGAACAUGGUCCAAUAGAUGUAGAAAAAACAAUUGAUGAAAUAAGAAAAGAACCUUACAGCUUACCUGCUGGUUUUGUUUGGGAUAAUGUUGAUAUCAAUAACCCUGUAGUGCUGAAAGAAGUGUACACAUUACUGAAUGAGAAUUACGUAGAAGAUGAUGACAACAUGUUCAGAUUUGACUACUCUCCUGAUUUUUUGCAUUGGGCCCUGCAGCCACCAGGUUGGAAGCCUGAGUGGCACAUUGGUGUCAGAGUACAAAAAAGUUCCAAACUCAUUGGAUUUAUUAGUGCCAUUCCUGCCCACAUCAGGGUUUAUCAUCACAAACAGUUGAUGGUGGAAAUAAACUUUUUGUGUGUUCACAAGAAAUUGAGGGCGAAACGAGUGGCUCCUGUUUUAAUCAGGGAGGUGACAAGAAGAGUCAACUGUUUUGGCAUUUUUCAGGCUGUAUAUACUGCUGGGGUCGUUCUGCCAAAGCCUGUGUCUUCCUGCAGGUUUUUAUUGCUUUUAUUCAUUAUAGCUUAUUUCAGUGCAUUGCGCUUUUGCUCAGGUGCCGAUUUAAUGUACUACUUGAGACCCCAGUUUUGA